UUACUUGUGGGCGAUAGGUCAGGUAAUUAUGUGUCCAUGAAAAUAUCAUCUUAAAAAACACAAAUUUGGAUUUAGACUUCAUCCUUGAACCUUUGUUUUCCCCUUCGGUUUGCUAUGACUUCGUUAUCUUACUAGCCCAUACCUAAGGGUCUGGUUGUUUCACAGACCUUUCAGGUAGGGCUGGUGUGCUGUCUUCUGUUUGCCUUCCUCCAGCCUUUCUUGUGGGACAUACAGAACACAACCAAAUUUUCCUGUUAAAGUGCCACUAGUAUCGUAGCAGCUCUCUUCUUCAGUGUCUGCAGCAUCUCCCCAGUGCCCACCAGCCACACUGCUCUAGCUUCACACUGAAGGGUCUCCAUCCUAUACCCAUCCUGCAUUGCCAACCUUGUCACUCGUGUUACUCAGAAGCUUGCCUUAGCAGCAUUCUGACUGUGCAGCAGUUCCUAGAACUCCUUGCUUUCCUGUCUCUGGUCCUGUGCCCACAAAUUUUUUGCAGUGGAUGCAGAUUCUUGACCUAACUUAGUGGGCCCAGCUCAGCUGCUACUUCAAACUCCCCUGACCCCCACCCCCCUGCUGAGAAUGAACUUUGCCACUUUGUGGGUGUCUUCCCUUUCUAGGCCGGGACUGUUCAUUCAGUCUACAUUUAUCAAGUGCUGGAUGUGUGCCAGGCACUGAUCUAAAUGCUGGAGAUAGAGCAGGGAAAAGGACAGGCAAGGCCCUUUUAUGGAGCCUACCUUUGUCAAGGGGCCCUGGUGGUGCAAUGGUUAAAAUGUUCAGCUGCUAACCAAAAGAUUGGUAGUUCAAACCCACCAGCUGCUCCAUGGUAGAGGAGACCUGGCAAUCUGCUCCUGUAAAGAUGACAGCCUAGGAAGCCUUAUGGGGCAGUUCUCCUCUGUCAUGUAGGGUCGCUAUGAGCCAGAAUCGACUUGACAGCACACAACAAUACCUUCUUUGUCUUGAAUAAUGAGAUGGCACCCUGUCCUCCUGCAUAUUUUAAGGAUUCUGUUUAGUCCAGUAGUUGAAAUCGGGAAAAAUUAAUCUUUGCUGGAAAAUGAUGCAUAGUGAUUUUUUUUUCCAGAGAUGGAGAUUUGGAAACCCUGGUGGCAUAAUAGUUAAGGGGUAUGGUUGCUGACCAAAAAGAUUGGCAGUUUGAAUCCACCAGGCGUUCUUUGGAAACUCUAUGGGGCAGUUGUAUUCUGUCCUGUAGGGUCGCUAUGAGUCAGAAUUGACUAAAUGGCAGUGUGUUUCGUUUUUGUUUUUGGAGAUUUGGUUUUAAUCCAUUUUUUUAAUUGUGGUAAAUAUAUAAGUAAAAAAAAAUUUUUUUGCACUUUCAACAAUCGUCACAUACACAGUUCAGUAACAUUAAAUUAUGUUCAUCAUGUUCACAUCACCAUUAAGUGUUCCCCAGUUUUUCCAUCACACUUAACAAAAGUUCAGCGUCCCCUAAGCAUGCCUUAUUUCCCCCCCGCGUAGGAAUUUUUAUAUUCUUUUACUAGCUGUAUCUAUCAAUUACAAUUUCAGGUAAUAUGUUAUUAAACCUCUGAGAUCAUCUAUGAUGAGCAUUUAAAGUAAAUUAAAACUUUUUAAAGUCAGAGUAUGAAUAGUUUUGGCGGUGGUUGAUAAUGUGAUGAGCUAGUCUCUUUGUUUUUCACUAGAUUGUUCAUCUGUUGUUAAUGAGCCACACCAACAUGAAAGAAAACAAAACUUGGUUAAAGUGCUGAAAUGAAAUUUGUCUUCAUUUUCUUUUUAAAAGACUCCUAGUUUUAUUUUUCUUCGGAUAUCUCCGCUUUUUGCAGUUCUAUCCUUGUAACUUUGAAAAAAAAAGUAAGGUGGUUGGAAGUUUAACACAUGGGAAUUCUAUGGAAAUCCUUUCUGUACUACCACAUGCUCUAGAAUCAUUUUAAUUGCAAAACUUAAAAAAAAAAGUUGAACUUCUCAUGGAAGUAACUCCAGCUAGAUUAAUUCUGUUAGUUAAGGCAAAAUGAAUUUGAACCUUUGACUUGCUAUAGAAGUGAUAAAUUGCACUGUUCAGCCUCUUGGAGUGGUGCAGGUUUGCUAGGAAAGUGAACUGGGUAGAGAGUUUUGUUUUUUUUUUUAAUACUUGACAGUUUCGGGGCUACCCAGAUUCAUUAGUAUAUUAGCCUAAAGUUACUCAUUUAGUAGUGUCCAGAAUGGUCUGGAAUGGUGCAAAGGCCUUCAGAGUUCCUAAGUUACAUCCAGGACUUGCUCUAAAGGAUCUGUCCAGUUUGAGAAAAUCUUAACAAAUGCUUGAUAUUCAUAAUUUUUUUUUAAAUAGAUUCAUCAAUGAUAAUUGCAUCUGAUUUCGAACCCGGACCACCCUGCUGAUAAAAUUUAAGCAAACCUUAUCUUGUUCAGUAUUCACUACUGUUGACUUAAAUUUUCCAGCAGCUGUAUUUUAAAAAGUGGAAUUAAUUCUAAUAACGUAACUUCAUUUAACCCAGUAUAGUCAAAGUAUUGUCAUUGUAAAAACGUACUUACGAGAUACUUUACAUUCUUUUUUUCAUACAAAGUCUUGGGAGUCCAGAGUAUAUUUUAUACUAAUGUGUAUCUCAGUUCAGAUUAAGCCACAUUUCAAGUGCUCAGAAGCCAUUUGUGACUAGUAUCUUAUCUUAUUGGAUGGAAAACAGAGUUCUUUAAAAAAUCAAUUUCCUGAACUGUGGGACUCUCCCCUGUCUCUUCCUUCUUCACUUCUUCCCCAGCCCCCUUGGGAAACACCAUUUCUGUUAAAAGAGGUGGACUUCAUAAAACUUUCGAGCUAAGUUGCUUAUAUUGCUGCCAGAGUAAACACUGAAAUAUAUAGAAUGGUUCCAGUUGUUUUAAAAAAGGAAGAACACUGUAUGUGCAUGAAAAUUUGGAAGGAUAAAUACACCCCAGUAUUAACAGUGGUUGUCUUUGGGUAAAAUUGUGGAAGUUACUUAAGUUCUUCGAUUUUGACUCAUUGCAACUCCAUGUUACAGAGUAGAACUGCGCCAUAGGGAUCUCUUGGCUUAAUCUUCACGGAAGCAGAUCACCAGGUCCUUCUCCCAGUAGCCACUGGGUGUGUGUGAACUGCCAACUUUCUCUUAGCAGCCACCCACUUAACUGUUUGCACCACCAGGGCUGUACCUAUACUUUGUAUCCCCUUAUACUGAGCCUAAUAGCUUUUUUGGUAACAGCUUUUUUCACAUAGCAUAUAAUUCACCCAUUUAAAGUGUACAAUUCCAUGGCUUUUUGUAUAUUCAGAGUUGUGCAGCCAUCACCACAGUCAAUUUUAGAACAUUUUCAGUCAUCCCCAAAAGAAACUCAUACCUCUUAGCAGUCGCCUUUUUCUCCGUCUUUCCUCCCAAACCCUAGACAACCACUAAAUCUCCUUUCUGUCUCUGUAGAUUUGCUUAUUCUGGACAUUUCAUCUAAAUGGAAUUGUAAAAUAGAUGGCCUUUUGUGACUGGCUUCUUUCACUUGGCAUAAUGUUUUCAAGGUCCAUCCAUGUUGCAGUGCGUAGCUGUACUUCAUUCCAUUUUAUGGCUGAAUAAUAUUCCAUUGUAUAUGGACAUAUACCACAUUUUAUUUAUCCAUUCAUCACUUGACAGAUAUUUGGGUUGUUUUCGCUUGGCUGUUAUGCACAAUGCCGCCAUAAACGUUCACGUACAAGGUUGUUGUGGAUAUACGUUUCUAUUUCCUAGCAGCUUUUAUAAUAACAAAAGGACUGUUAUUUGGCGGAAAGAGCCAAGAGAUAGCUGAGAGCUGACUAGCCUUCUGCCUACUACUGCCCCCUAGAAAAGAAAAAUCAUCAAAGCCUUUACUUUCCCAAGUGAUUUUCAGAAUAUUCUUGCAGAAUUACAGGCAGUGGGAAGGUGAUAGAAACAUAGCAUACAUCUGUUUUUUUUUUUUUUUUGAAAAGCUGUAGCGGCAACUGGUUUGGCUUUUUAAUUAUUUACUUGGUUAUUGUGUUAUUGAAAGAUAUCAGGGUUGUGGUUUUCGAUUAAGAUUUGGGUAGAAAGAAUUCCUUCAGAUGUGACUAGUGACUGUUGACAUCCCUGGUGAUGGUAAGAGUGCUUUAGGGCAAAUAUUCUCAGAGCUGAGUUCUUAAUUCACUUCUUGUCCGGAGAUGACAGAACCAUCUGACCUGAGAUGUGUGCAUAGUCUUAAUCUCUGUAUCACUACUUGAACUAGUUUGGCUGGACUUCAAGGUCAUUUCAGCCUUAGGUGUUAACGUUCUGGGACUUUUUGUCUCAAAUGUAUGUGCAUAAUAUGGUGGGGUUUUUGGUAGGGUUUUUUGCUGUUUAAAGAUAAUAGCUUCAUCUCCAUGGGUAACGGGAGGAGCUCUGCAUCCUAGAUCUGGAGGUGUGGCCUGAGACGCAGCUCCACGACUGUCCAGCUGGUCAUCCUUAGGCUAGUUGCUAAUGUGUAAAAUGAGGAAAGUUUAAUUAGGCAACCCAUAGAUUCUUCCAGUGAUUCUUGCUGCUUUUUCAUAACAAAUUUCCAUUUAGACAGUGAUUUAAAAUACGAAUGUCAAAUCUCCCGUCUCUCCCAAGCCCUGUAUGGGACACUUGUUCUUUCUCAUUUUGCAGUCAGACUGCUAGUGCCCCUGUGUUUGAGAAGGUAAGGAAAGCCUGGUGGUAGUUAUUUCUAAUCAGAUGUGGAGUCAAUAAAAGUCAUCUUUUUUUCUCACCAGCUGAACCAGCUAAUGCUGAAAAAGGCGGCACAUAUUUAAAAAGAAAAAUUGUAGUUGAUGAUAGUCAUAUGUGAAGUGGCUGCCACCAACACAAAUGCACUUCAAGAGCAUUAAUUUAAAAAUAAUGCCCAGAAUUACAGACGUUGUCACACUUUUUACCUCCUGAUGAUGUCACAUCUGAACAGCAGUUCGUUCAGGACACCGGAGAGAUUGACAAACUGGAGCAAUAGAACAGCCUUGAGAUGACAGAAAGAAUGACUAUAUGCCACCAUCUUUGAUCUGGUAGUUUUGCAGAAGUACUGCCAUAGACACCCCACAUUAACUGUGUGUCGGGUCCUGCAAGCCUUGCCCUGAGCCUGCUGACUUAACACUGCCAUCUAAGUGUCCGGAGUUCCCAGAAGAGCCAAGAACACUCUUCUGACUAGAUCCAGGGCUUUGGGCAGAGCUGUUGUAUUAGCAAAUAUCGAACAUACCAUCAACUGCCAGAAGAAUGAACAAACCUGUCUUGGAAGUGAGGGUGGCAAGACUUUGGACAUGUUUUCAGGAGGAACCAGUCCCUGGAGAAGGACAUCAUGCUUGAAACUAUGUUCCAACUUCCUGUCAACAAUCUUGGCAGUUUAAGAAAAGCCCGGAAAACUGUGAAAAAAAUACUUAGUGACAUUGGGUUGGAAUACUGUAAAGAACAUAUAGAAGAUUUUAAACAGUUUGAACCUAAUGACUUUUAUUUGAAAAACACUACAUGGGAGGAUGUAGGACUGUGGGACCCUUCGCUUACAAAAAACCAGGACUAUCGGACAAAACCUUUUUGCUGCAGUGCUUGUCCAUUUUCCUCAAAAUUCUUCUCUGCCUACAAAAGUCAUUUCCGGAAUGUCCAUAGUGAAGACUUUGAAAAUAGGAUUCUUCUUAAUUGCCCAUACUGUACCUUCAACGCAGACAAAAAGACUUUGGAAACACACAUUAAGAUAUUUCAUGCUCCAAAUGCCAGCGCACCAAGUAGCAGCCUCAGCACUUUCAAAGAUAAAAACAAAAAUGAUGGCCUUAAACCUAAGCAGGCUGAUAGUGUAGAGCAAGCUGUUUAUUACUGUAAGAAGUGCACUUACCGAGAUCCUCUUUAUGAAAUAGUGAGGAAGCACAUUUACAGGGAACAUUUUCAACAUGUGGCAGCACCUUACAUAGCAAAGGCAGGUGAAAAGUCACUCAACGGUGCAGUCCCCUUAGGCUCAAAUGCCCGGGAGGAGUGCGGUAUACACUGCAAGCGAUGCCUUUUCAUGCCGAAGUCCUAUGAAGCCUUGGUACAACAUGUCAUUGAAGACCAUGAACGCAUAGGUUAUCAGGUCACUGCCAUGAUUGGGCACACGAAUGUGGUGGUUCCCCGAUCCAAACCCUUGAUGCUAAUUGCUCCCAAACCUCAAGAGAAGAAGGGCAUGGGACUCCCACCAAGAAUUAGUUCCCUUGCUUCUGGAAAUGUCCGGUCCUUACCAUCGCAGCAGAUGGUGAAUCGACUCUCAAUACCAAAGCCUAACUUAAAUUCCACAGGAGUCAACAUGAUGUCCAAUGUUCACUUACAGCAGAACAACUAUGGAGUCAAGUCUGUAGGCCAGGGCUAUGGCGUUGGCCAGUCAAUGAGACUGGGUCUUGGUGGCAAUGCCCCAGUCUCCAUUCCUCAGCAGUCCCAGUCGGUGAAGCAGUUACUUCCCAGUGGAAAUGGAAGAUCCUAUGGGCUUGGGUCAGAGCAGAGGUCCCAGGCACCAGCGAGGUACUCCCUUCAGCCUGCUAAUGCCUCUUCUCUCCCGUCAGGCCAGUUAAAGUCUCCUUCCCUCUCCCAGUCGCAGGCGUCCAGAGUGUUAGGUCAGUCCAGUUCCAAACCCACUGCAGCUGCCACGGGCCCUCCUCCAGCCAAUACUUCCUCAACCCAAAAGUGGAAAAUAUGUACAAUCUGCAAUGAGCUUUUCCCCGAAAAUGUCUACAGCGUGCACUUCGAAAAAGAACAUAAAGCUGAGAAGGUCCCAGCAGUCGCCAACUACAUUAUGAAAAUACACAAUUUCACUAGCAAAUGCCUCUACUGUAACCGCUAUCUGCCCACGGACACCCUGCUCAACCACAUGCUAAUCCACGGCCUGUCCUGUCCCUACUGCCGCUCGACCUUCAACGACGUGGAGAAGAUGGCGGCGCACAUGCGGAUGGUUCACAUCGACGAAGAGAUGGGUCCGAAGACGGAUUCUACUUUGAGUUUCGAUUUGACGUUGCAGCAGGGUAGUCACACUAACAUCCAUCUCCUUGUAACUACAUACAACCUGAGAGAUGCCCCAGCUGAGUCUGUUGCUUACCACGCCCAAAAUACUCCUCCAGUCCCUCCAAAGCCACAGCCAAAAGUCCAGGAAAAGGCAGAUGUUCCUGUCAAAAGUUCACCUCAAGCUGCAGUGCCCUAUAAAAAAGAUGUUGGGAAAACCCUUUGCCCGCUUUGCUUUUCGAUCCUGAAAGGACCCAUAUCCGACGCACUUGCACAUCAUUUACGAGAGAGACACCAAGUCAUUCAGACGGUUCAUCCCGUUGAGAAAAAGCUCACCUACAAAUGCAUCCACUGCCUGGGUGUGUACACCAGCAACAUGACCGCCUCAACGAUCACGCUGCAUCUAGUUCACUGCAGGGGGGUUGGAAAGACCCAAAAUGGCCAGGAUAAGACCAAUGCACCCUCUCGGCUUAAUCAGUCUCCAGGCCUGGCACCUGUGAAGCGCACUUACGAGCAAAUGGAGUUUCCACUGCUGAAAAAGCGAAAGCUAGAUGAGGAUGUCGACUCACCUGCCUUUGAAGAGAAGCCUGAAGAGCCUGUUGUUUUAGCUUUAGACCCAAAGGGUCAUGAAGAUGAUUCCUAUGAAGCCAGGAAAAGCUUUCUAACAAAGUAUUUCAACAAACAGCCCUAUCCCACCAGGAGAGAAAUUGAGAAGCUGGCAGCCAGUUUAUGGUUGUGGAAGAGUGACAUCGCGUCCCAUUUUAGCAACAAAAGGAAGAAGUGUGUCCGAGAUUGUGAAAAGUACAAGCCUGGUGUGUUGCUGGGCUUUAACAUGAAAGAAUUAAAUAAAGUCAAGCAUGAGAUGGAUUUUGAUGCCGAGUGGUUGUUUGAAAAUCACGAUGAGAAAGAUUCCAGAGUCAAUGCUAGUAAAACUGCUGACAAAAAGCUGAACCUUGGAAAGGAAGAUGACAGUUCUUCAGACAGUUUUGAAAAUUUAGAAGAAGAAUCCAAUGGAAGUGGUAGCCCUUUUGACCCCGUUUUUGAAGUUGAGCCUAAACUCCCUACUGAUAACCCAGAGGAACACAUACCGAAGGUAAUUCCCGAGGAUGACUUAGAAGCUGAGGAGAAGCUAGACCAAAAAGAGGAGAAUAGUUCAAAAUAUGAGACUAUUCAUUUGACUGAGGAACCAACCAAACUGCUGCACGAUGCUUCUGAUAGUGAGGUUGAUCAAGAUGAUGUUGAGUGGAAAGAUGGAGCUUCUCCAUCUGAGAGCGGGCCUGGUUCCCAACAAGUGUCAGACUUUGAGGACAACACAUGCGAGAUGAAACCAGGCACCUGGUCCGAUGAGUCUUCCCAGAGUGAAGAUGCGAGGAGCAGUAAGCCAGCUGCCCAAAAAAAGGCUACCAUGCAAGGUGACAGAGAGCAGUUGAAAUGGAAGAAUAGUUCCUAUGGAAAAGUUGAGGGGUUUUGGUCCAAGGACCAGUCACAGUGGAAAAAUGCAUCUGAAAAUGAUGAGCGCUUAUCCAACCCACAGAUUGAGUGGCAGAAUAGCACAAUUGACAGCGAGGAUGGGGAGCAGUUUGACACCAUGACGGAUGGGGUAGCUGAGCCAAUGCAUGGCAGCUUAACCGGAGUUAAACUGAGCAGCCAGCAGGCCUAGGUGCCAAGUGCCCCAGCAUCGGUGACAUGCUCCCACCUGGGGCUCUGUCUUCCCGUCUGACUGCAGAGCUAUAUUCUGACUGGUACUGCCUUUUGAGUGCUGGGUCAUGAGGCUUACGUGGACAUAUGGCCGCUGCAAUCUUAGUGGUUUCUGAGUACGUGACACAUUGUUGGCUGAUCUUGCUUCAGAAUCUGCUGUGACACACACAGUGACUAAAUGUGAAAAACCAACAAGCUGGUGGCUCACGAACGCACAUGAGGAAAAGCAGAGGUUUCUUUUAUCUGCCUUUUCAACAUUUCUUUCCCUCUGUAAAUGGUUGGUUGGAUGUCUUUGAGAAGCCCCUGGUUCACAUGGUAGUGUAGGGCCAAUAACAUACAAGCUGCCAGUUCAAUGUGUAUAGUAGACUUUGGGAAAAAUCGGUUUUUGUUUUUUUUUUUUUUUCCAUGUAUUCAUUCUGAAUAGUUGAAAUGUAUAUUUGUACAGUCUUUUAGACCUAUUCAAGUGAUGCUUAUGAUAUUGUUAUUGUGUACUCAUCAUAGACUUGUUUCUUUUUUUAGUGUUGCCCUUGCUGUGUAAUAAACGCUAUAUCUAGUUUCCCUAGCAGAAGCUUGAAACUGCGCUAGUACGGACUUUUGGACAGACUUAGUUUUUGCACAUAACCUUGUACAAUCUUGCAACAGAGGCCAGCCACAUAAAGUAUAUAUCUGGACUCUCUUGUAUUAUAGAAUUUUUCUUGUUCUGAAUAUCCUUGACAUUACAGCUGACAAAAACAACUGGUAUUUCAGAUCUGUUUUCUGAAAUCUUUUAAGCUAAAAUUACAUGCAAGAAUUGACUUUGCAGCUACUAAUUUUGACACCUUUUAGAUCUGUAUAAAAGUGUGUUGUGUUAAAAGCAGCAAACCAAUGAGUGCUGCAUUUUGGAUAUUUAGUUUUAUCUUUAGUUAAACACCACCUUGGUGUAUUCAUUUAUACCAUCUAAUAUAUGACACACCGUUGUAGUAUGUAUAAUUUUGUGAUCUUUAUUUCCCUUUGUAUUCAUUUUAAGCAUCUAAAUAAAUUGCUGUAUUGUGCUUAAUGUAAAUAUUUGCUUUAUUACACAUGACAGUCCUGUGUCCAUUAUAUUUUGUGCCAUUUUAUAUCCUCUUUCAUCAGAGAUAGAAGCCACAGUCACCAAGCAAACUUGUGGAAAACCGAGAUCUGCUAUUUGCGGAAAUAAUACUUUCUCUCAAGGCACCUGUUAGAAAUUCUUUUGGUCUCCUCCCCCCCUCCACCUCUCUAACUGCUAAAGUAAACAUCCUUGAGUUUUUCAGUUCCACUUUUGUUAAAGAGAAGAGCCUGCUUAUAUAUGUAAAUGUCAUAAAAGGAUGUAAACAUAAAUUGGGGUUGGUUUGCAAGCAGAAUCUUAAUGCCCUGGUGUUCUUUCUUCUAAAUGAAAUAAAUGUUAGCUUUCACCUUACGAUGGGAACAAUUGUACCAAACAGGCAGCCACACUCUGCCUUUGUUAUAACUCUCUUGACCAACUUGCUGUUAAGAAAAAUAGGCUUUGGAGAUCACACGUUUGGAGGGCUGUCAAGAUGGAAGGAGGUAGUGUAUUUAUUCUGCAUAGAUUCCGAUGAGUGACUUGUACUCAAGAGCAGAAAGUUACAAGGAGGCAGAGUUAGGCCAGCAUUUUCCACAGUUCCAACCAUGCUGGGAUGCUUCAACCCAUGCAGAGCCUGGUCAGUGAGUCACCUCUCAGGAAUGUUGGCCUAAAAAGCUCUGAUCGAUUUCCAUAACUUCUAAGACCCUUUCCCAAAAACCUAAAAUGCUUUUGUUACCUGAAAGUAAAGAAUUGACCAUCCUCUCCCUAAAAUAUUGUUAAUGCUUCUCAAAAAGAAUACAGGAGAAAAUGCUAGAAUAGACGAAGACCUUUAGAGUAUUUGGGGAUGGCAUGGGAGCUGUCUGUCACACAGUAUAUAUUCUAUAGAGACCAGUGAAUAUUUGGGACAGGAUGUUCCCAAACGCUACAGGUUACCAAAUAAGGGGGAAAAAAACUAUGGCAUUGAGAGGUCUCUUUCUCUUUGGGAUAGGAAUACCAGCCGAAUUGAAACCAUCUCACAUUUGUUUGGAAAUUAUUCUGCCUUUAAUGAACAGAUGGGAAGAGCUUUUCCUGGGCUUAUGAGUCCUACAUGGAGGACUAAUGAGAUGUGUGCAGAGUAGCAGGGGUGAAACACAUUCCUGUCCGAACAUCUGAGCAGAGACAUGAGUAUCCUUCCUCACCACCUUGUUAAGUGGUGAGAGUGUGCCUUUUUGGCAUUCAGAAAAGGGUUUAACCACCUAAGAGUUGGAAAUAAAGAUUCCCAACUGGAAAUGUUGCGAAAGCCCUAAAAGUGUCUCAAUAAAAGCCAUUUUAAAAGAAUGUUGUUGCUACUGUUUGCUUUUGGAAAAAUCUGAAAAUCACUUAAAAGCUGUGGCAGUCUGCCACAUUGUAAUCUAAUUAGAGAAUGUAACUGUAGGCUGAGCAGUUGUACUGUAGAUCUCUUCUAACAAGGCAAACCCUAAGUCCUUAUUUUAGAGAACUUGUCUUCUGCCCUUCAGUUUUCUUGUGGCAAUGAAUUCCAGAGUAAGACUGGCUAGGACGUUGGUUUUUCUCCAUUUCCAGUAUAUGGGAGCAUUUUUGUGCCCUAGCCUUGGUUCUUGUCAUUUGGGCAUACAGGCAGAAGUCUCUCUUUCAAACAGUUGUUUAUCCCCUCUUAAGAUCGAAGCACAGAAAGAUCUGCCCCCUUUUGUUGUCCUAUAGUUGUGUGUGUGUUUGGUCCAGAUGCCCAUUUAGAAGGAUGCGCACCAUUUCAGAAAUUAGUGAUGGGUGCUGGAUUUGAAAGCUCCUUUGAAUCUACUGAAGGUUGAGGAAUGCCUUGUAUGAAACACUUCAGUAGAAGGGGUUAAGCCCGCUUGUCAGGUGAGUACUGCUGUACAGAGUAGUAGUUCUCCUCAACCACCAGCGUUGAACUUGUGAUGGGACCCAGAAAUCAUCUCUAGAUGAUUCUAGGCCAGUGAAGUUUGAGAACCACUUAGCUAGAGUGUUGGAAAAUUUCCUUUACUUAAAAGUAGAAUAUAUUUUAUGAAGUAUCAGGCCAGCCUUCUGCCCCUCCAGCAGUGGCUUUUUCUACACAUUGUGGCCCUUAUUUAUACCUGUCGUCCUACUCAUUGGGUUGGUACCAGUUGCAGGCAUGUUUGACCAGUGUCACCUUUGUGCAGGAACGACUCAACUGAUAAACUUCCAGAAGAUUGGAAAUAAGAUGAAGAUGCUGCUCCUAUUCUGAAAAGUAACAGCAGACAAACUUGACAGUGAGUCAAGUUUUAAAACAAGGCAUUCCUACCAACAACUCAUAGUACCUUGGGCCGAAAAUGGAUCCAAACUUGAACCAAAGAGUGUCACCAUUUGGUAACUCUUUUGCAUCCUGCUACUUCCCAACACUUGAAAUUACUACUUGAACAUUUACUAUGAUGUGAAUAUAGUGAAGUUGCAACUCAGAUGAGGGUUAUGUUCAAAAGUCAGCUUGUAAGAUGAAGGUUGCAUAUGGUCAGAAUUAUUCCCAGAGAAUCCGUAACUCAUGAUUUCAAAGUGCUCCAACUAAGAAAACCAUGGGAAAGAAGGUCCAUAGCCGUCUCGAGGAUCGACACCUGGAAUAAAAAGCAGAGUCUCCUGCACUGUACCAAGUUUGUCACGUGUGUGAUGUUUUUCAAGUACAAUGUUCAUGCCUCUGUGAUGCAAACCCUUCCCCCACCACAGUGCAUCAUCUGCCCUGUUAGAUGUAAGUCCAUUUAAACGUUAAUAGUUCUUGCAUUAAAAAUCUCCCUGGCCUUUAUUAACCAUAAAGUGACACAAAAUGGGAUAUCCUAAUAAGCAAACCGGACACCUUUUGAAAACUGACAAAGCAAGCAGCAAGCUUCCUGCUAGAAAUAAAAAGGCUUUUCCAAUGUAUUUGCUGUAAGCAUUGCACUGGCUGCCAUCUAGACUGCAGUGAAUGUGACAGCUGUGUAUGGGAAGCAGCCAUCUGGGAGUCUAGGAAUUAAAAGUAAAACCCUGCCUUGGAGAGCGCUGAGGAAGAGAAGGGGGAGAUGGCCACAUGACUUGCAUGUUGCCUCUCAGUCUGCCAGCCAAGCUGUACCAGCAUCUCUGGGAAGAGGAACGGCGAGAGGGGAUGUCUCCCAGGCAAGGGGCUUGACCACCUUUCUUAUGAGUGCUGUAUUUUCCCUCAAAACUCCCAAAGCUCAAGGCACAUCAUGAAUACAUAGCUACUUAACAGGCAUUUUCAGAACAUCACUGAAAUGUAGCUUCUGGAACUCAUUGUAGGACACUAAAUUCCAAGAUGAGGGAACAGUCCUGCCCCACCCCACCCAAAAAAGAAAAAAAUUCCUGCAAGGCAAUAUUAGCUCCGAGUUUCAGGUGUGGACAUGAAGGCUCAGAAAAGCUAAGUAACUUGUCCAAGAUCCCAGCAGGCAAAGGAAAGAUGCUGACUUGAACCCACGAUAACAGAUUCCAUAGCCACUGGUAUUCCCAGCUAUACCAUGCAGCCUUGAUCUUGGCCAAAGACUAACCUCGUAAGAAAGGCAUCCCCUGCUGGGAAUGCCAAGAGCCCAGACCUGUAAACCAACACAUUGUACUUUCACUGGCACACACUUGAUCACACUGCCAUCUUCAUGAUCUUCUGCCACAUCUGUCUAACAACUGCAUUACUUAGUAUGUUUCAACUGCCCUUUUAAUAUCACUAAAAAGAGGAAAACCAGCAUAAUUUGCCACUAAUGGAAGGUAACCAUAAAUACAAAAAUACAUUACUAGAUUCUUGCUACCUAUUACUGCUUGCUGAGGGGUAUCAGCCUGACACUUGCUCUGCUUGUUCAAAAGGAAUUAGUCAAUUUUCGACUCAGCAGCCCCAUGAGAUAGAACUGUCCCAUAGGGUUUUCUAGGCUGUAAUCUUUACAGGAGCAGAUAGUCCUGUCUUUUCUCCCGCAGAGCCACUAGGUGGGUUUGAACCGCCAACCUUUCAGUCAGCAGCUGAGCACUUAACUACUGCACCACCAGGGCUCCAUCCAGGGCAUACUGACACCGAAGUGUGGCUUUUUCCUAAACCCAAGCAACACUCAAAGAGCUGGAUGAGCCUCCUUUCAGUGUGACUCUCCUAAUUAGUGCAUGUUGGUGGCCCUGGGCUGAGAGUCCAGAGACGGGGCCCCGAGCCCCAGUUUGGGCUCUGGCUCAGAGUGGUUGUCAAGGAAGCCUUUGCCUAUCACUUGUCAGCUAGCUUUCUUUACCAAGCAUCAGGCCUAUGUAUCUUAAUUAGGCUCGCUCACUUGCAAGUAACAAACCCAACCCAAACGACUCAGUAAAGGGGGGGUGUAGGAUAACUGUGCCUGAGUAGGGCAGGCUGCUCCACGACAUCACAAGGGCUUGGCCUCUCUGUCUCUCCCCGCCUGCCACUCACAUGAUCACCUUCAUCCGAGGCAGGCACCUGGUGUUUGUUGGGUGCUUCCAGUUCACAUACUCAGAGCUUCUCUUCCUCUCUAUCGAGCAAGAGACCUGAGCUCUGAGCCAGCUAGGCCAUUCAUGAACCACUGCCUGUGGUUGAAAGGCUUAGACCAGAGCCACUGGGUCAGGCAUUGCAGGUCAGGAUUCCUCUGACUGACAUAGGUCAGGACCCAUCUCUGGAGGUGGGGUGGAAUCAAUCCAACCCAAACCAGAGAAGGGCUGCCUACACUCAGGGAGGCACAGAACUGGCCGCUGAGAACGCUCCGCUCUUCAAAUGGAGAGUACGUGAAACAGCUACAAGUGAGGCUGCUCCCGUGCAGGAGAGGUAGCAGUGCCUCCUUAAAAAUGUCUUGCCUGGUGGUCUUUUAAAGCCAAUCACCUGGGGAGCUUUAAAAACCAGUGUUGUCAGGUCCCUCCCCCCAGAGUCUGCUGUAAUUGGCCCAGGUGAUACUGAUGUGCAGACAGGGUUGAGAAUCGCUGAUUUCAAAGAGACCAGUAAGUGAAUAAGUGGCAAAAAGCAUGGGCCUUCCCCCAAUUAGUACAUUUGCUCUAACAGGGGUUUCCUGUGUAAGACCAUUUAUUUCCCCCAUUCUACAAGCACCUGCCAGCCAGCCUAGGAACUGCCCAUCUCUACACUCAAAUGCAACCUGUGUGUAGAAAACAAUUUAAUGUAAGUAAGCUAAUGCUGUGCCCAUGGAAGCAGCAGUCAAGAAAUCAAAUGGCAUGUUGCACUGGGAAAAUCUGCCGCAAAGGACCUCUUCAACGUUCUAAAAAGCAAAGAUGUCACCAAUGACUAAGGUGUGCCUGACCGAAGCGAAGCGAAGCCGGUCUUUUCAGUCACCUGGUAUGCAUGAGAAAGCUGGACAAGGACAAAAGAAGACAAAAGAAUUGAGGCAUUUGAAUUGUGGUGUUGACAAAGGAUACUGAAUAUACCACGGACUGCCAGAAGACCAAACAAAUCAGUCUCAGAAGAAAUACAACCAGAAUGGUCCUUAGAAGCAAGGAUGUAAGACUUUGGCUCGCUUACUUAGAAAAAACCAAUUGCUAGAAAAGGACAUCAUGUUUGGUAAAGUAGAGGGUCAUCGAAAAUUAGGGAAGCCCUCAGUGAGACGGGUUGGCACAAUAGCCACAACAGUGGGCUCAAACGUAGCAAUGAUCAUCGGGUGGCACAGGACCAGGCAACAUUUCCGUUAUACAUAAGGUCACACUGAGUCAGAGCCAACUCAACAACCACUAACAACAGCAACAAGCAAAUACCUUCAUGUCUUCUUGGUUCAUGGGCAGUAAGGAGUCCGUGGGCCUUAGCUCAUAACCCUUACUCCCGCGUGGAGCCACCACUGCAGUAACACUCAGCUUUUGAUGAGGUCAAAAGAAGACAAGAACAAACCUUGCUCUUGGGGCCAUUCCUCCACGUCUCCUUGCCACUCAUGAGCCUUGGCCCUGGCUCAGUCUGAAGCGUAGUGCCGAAGCCUUUGAAGGUUGCACUUACAAGGGUACUCCUCCCUGGAAGAUCCCAUUAAGAAGUCCUCCUGGUGGAAGCAGCUGACCUCCAGCAGUCAGGCUAAGCCUGGUUACUUCUUCAGGGAACAGGUAUACUCAAGUUGCUUAAUCUGAUCAAAUGCAUUGUUAUUGUCCCCUGUAGUCCUCCCCUUAACUCAUUCCUCAAGCUGUAGUCACCACAUCCCACUGCCAGAAGUUGCAGCUAAAAGGCAGAGGCAAGCCUCCAGCCCACCACCCCUUUUCCAUUUGCCUGCAGGGCUGAACUGCAUCAAAUUGACGAUCACUGAUAAGAAUUUUGAUGCUUUUGAGUCCACAGCCAACCUACAAACUCAAGGGGGAAAUUCCCCUCCAAAAGGGAACAACCAACACUUCUUUGAAAAUCUCUUGGCUGGUAGUCUUGAAAGCAGUGAUUCCCAGCACCAGCUGUGCAUCGAAACCACCUGGGGAGCUUUAAAAACUAAAACUGUCGGGGCCCCUCCCCCAGAGAUUCUGAUGUAAUUGGUCUGGGGUGUGGCCCAGGUGAUUCCAAGGUGCAGCCAAGGUUGAGAACCAGUGUCCUAAAGAGAGUCAUGAGUGAACACGGGACAACACGCAUGGGCCUUCCUGAUACGUGUAUUUGCUACCAGGGGUUUCCUGUGUUAGACCACUUUUCUAUUUUCCUCAUUCAACAAACUCCUGCCAGACAGCUGCCUGAAGUCAAAAUUGCUUUGAACUCUUUCAAAGCCAAAGACGGUUGUGCCCGUGACCAUAGGACAAAGUUGGAAUUUGCUUUCAGAAAAGCCAUUGCCAUAGUCGAUUCCAACUCAUAAGUGACUCUAUAGGACGGAGUAUAACUGCCUCGUAGGGUUUCCAAGGCUGAAAUCUUUAUGGAAGCAGACAUCUUUCUCCUCCAGAGCAGCUGGUGGGCUCAAACUACUGACCUUUCUGUUAGCAGCCGAGUGCUUAACCACUGCACUACCAGGGCUCCUCCUUGCUUUCAGAAAAAGUGCUUUCAGAAGGGAGGGAAAAUUCCUUGAUGCCUCCAGCUGCCUGGGUCAACACCUCAUCCCCAGCGUUUUUGUAAUCCCUGUAAGCAGGUACCUUUUGGGGUGUCUGCCUAGUCUCUAACACCCUGAGAACUCUCCUUUUCACCCCAAAAAGGAGUUUUUACCCAUGAGUGACUGCUGGAUUUUGUUAAAUGCUUUUUCUGCAUCUAUUGAGAUGGUGAUGUGGUUUUGUCCUGUAGUCUAUUAAUUUGGGGUAUUCCAUCAAUUGCUUUUCAUGUUAAACCAACUUUGCAUUCCUGAGAGAAAUCCUACAUGGUCAUGGCAUAUAAUCCUUUUCAGAUGUUGCUGAAUUCAGUUUGCUAAUAUUUUGUUGAGGGUUUUUGCAUCUACAUUCAUGCGGGACAUCGGUCUGUAGCUUCUUCUUGUGAUGUCUUUGUCUGGCUUGGUAUCAGUCACCCCCAGAAGGAAGACCUUUGGAAAGUGUACAUUUAUAUAGUAGAACCCCACUUCCUGACUCCAGGGAUUUUGGAUUUGGGGGACAGAGAAGCUAGCUAGACUGCUAGUUGCUUAAACUGCAGUGAUGUGAACUCAUGCAGCUGCUUCUCCCCGAUAAAAGCGGAAGCUCAGAUACAUCUCUUCAUAUCCUUGGAAUAAAUUCUCAUGGCCUUAGGGUGUCAAAUGCAAAUACCCACAGGGGCCAGGCAGAUGACCUUAGUGACCUCAAUACUUCACCAAAGAAACGUGGAC